GUGCUGUCUUUACGACAGUUAUUUAGUUUAUAAUAUUUUCGCUUAGUAAUUCAUUCAAUAGUAUUUUCUAGUUAGAAUUAGAAGUGUUUAAAGUGUAUUCAUUGCAUGUAAAAUAUAUCGGCAUGCGAUGACGUCACAUCCGGUUUCGCCGCGUCUUGUGGGAAAACACCGGUUUGAAAUUAGCGCGAGGGUGGGGGCUUUCCACGAGGCUCACCUGAGCACAAGCAGUUUUGCAGGCAUGAGAAAUCACAGUGAGAGCAACGCUUUUUCACCAUAUGUUAAUGUGAAGAGUGAACAGUAAAUGGUUAAUCUUACUGCGAUCUGGUUCUUAUUAACUGUGGUUUAUCCGGACGUUAAAUUCGGCGUUUCGUUACACCCGAAGGAGAACGUGACAGUGAAAAAGCGGCAUUAUCAGGUGUUUCAAGUGCUGCAAUGUCAGCUCGAUCCGGGAUCAAGUCGAUGGCGCCCAGCGACAAGGGCAGUAGAACGACAUCAAGUAAGUCCACACAGGCAAGAGCCAAGGCAGAAGCCGCCAAGGUGCGACUGCAUUACGCCAAACAAGAGGCAGUUUUGAAAAUGAAACUGGCCACCAAAGAAGCCGAAAUCCAGAAAGAAAGGGCCGCCAGAGAAGCCGAAAGGGCCGCCAGACAAAGAGAAGAGGCUGCCAGAGAAGCCGAAAUCCAGAAAGAAAGGGCCGCCAGACAAAGAGAAGAAGCCGCCAGAGAAGCCGAAACCCAGUUGGAAAUGGCAAAAAUAUCGACAGAGUUGCAAGUGCUGCAGCGAGAAAGAGAAAAAGAAGCUGCCAUGGCGGAAGCAAAGUACAUAGAAGAAGCUGAAGGGUCGCGUGAUCUGACCGCAGUAAGAUCUACUUUAGAAAGGACCAGACUGGAACGCACAAGCGACUAUGUACAAUCUCAAAUAGACAGGCAGGCUCGUCUCCCCUCUCCAUACGUAUUCGAUAACUUCCCCAGCUACGAGGAACCUCAGAGAGUCACGAUUGCAUCACAUCCAUACGAGGAAGGAAAUUUACCCUCACGGCUCCGUGAUGAAGUCAAGAAUGAAAGAACCGACAACGCUCCUUCACCCCCACAACAGGACGGCGGGGAGGGAGAGGUUCACUCCAGGACAACAAUUGUCAGCUCGAACUGUACAGAAGUUUGCGGUCAAACUCAGUCAAGCCGUUCUUGUUCCGAGAUCUGCCUCACUGAGGUGUACCCUAAAGAAGCACAACAAGACAUUACCAAGCGUAAAGUAACCGACGAGACGCUAGGUCAGUCAGUUUUCGUUCAAACCGAGCACGGAAACAAACUUGCACAAUCAGCUCAAGAUACCAUUUCUUUAAAACCCAAAGACACCAAGGUCUUCAGAGAUGAAGCAAAUAAUGGGGUUGCCCCAUUGCCAAUCAGAGAACCACGCCAGCGCUCACCAGAUAACAAAGAGCAGGCAGUCAAACGGUUCACGUCCUUACGGAAAACCCGGAAAAGGAAACCUGAGAUGCAGCAACGCACCCGAUUGGCCCACGAGGUACUGUGCACCCUAAUGGCAGAGGUCACAGCCAUUAUAAACGCACAAUCAUUCCUACCUGUGUCUUCUGACCCAGAAAACCCCUUCAUCCUUUCGCCAUCAAUGCUCCUUACACAGAAGGCAGGAGCACCUCCUCCACCAGGAGACUUCUCAGACAAGGAUUUGUACACAAAGCAAUGGAGACAAGUCCAGGCUCUGGCAAAUCAGUUCUGGCCUCGCUGGAGACAAAAAUAUCUACCUUUGUUGCAACAGAGACAAAAGUGGACAGAACCCCGAAGGAAUCUUCAAGUUGAAGACUUAGUCCUGCUCAGGGACAAGCAAGCCACCCGCAACAGCUGGCCAAUGGCCAGAAUCACUGCUACAUUCCCUAUCGGGGAUGGACAUGUCAGGAAGAUCGAAUUGAAGACUACCGACCAAGGCGAUGUGAAAAUUUACCAAGGGCCAGUUACAGAAGUUAUUCUACUUCUACCCAAUGACUGAUUAAGAGACUAAGUUUUGUACUCUGCUCAUUGUGACCUUACGAAGGUCAAGCGGGGAGUGUGCUGUCUUUACGACAGUUAUUUAGUUUAUAAUAUUUUCGCUUAGUAAUUCAUUCAAUAGUAUUUUCUAGUUAGAAUUAGAAGUGUUUAAAGUGUAUUCAUUGCAUGUAAAAUAUAUCGGCAUGCGAUGACGUCACAUCCGGUUUCGCCGCGUCUUGUGGGAAAACACCGGUUUGAAAUUAGCGCGAGGGUGGGGGCUUUCCACGAGGCUCACCUGAGCACAAGCAGUUUUGCAGGCAUGAGAAAUC